CGUCAUCACGUUCUUCCUGGCUCAGACGUGAUGGCGCUUCCUGACUGGGUUAUCCUGGUCACUGUCAUUGCAUCUUUCGUCUCGCUAUGUUUAUUUGUUCGCUUCAGACGCACCGGACUGCUACUUUGGAGGAAAAUAUUUAGCAAAAUAAUGGCUCGCACAGAGAAGCCAUUAUUCAGAAUAGCGUACACACUGUACACCAAGACCAGUCUUGGCUACAUGUUUUACAAGCGGCAGAUGAGGAAAGCCCGAGAACGCUACCCGACUGGACACUCUACAGUUCUGCCUGUGCAAUUUAGUGGAAUGAAAAUCAUUCCCAUCUCUGUGCUGUCAGACAACUACAGCUAUAUCAUAAUUGACACCACCUCUGGCGUUGCAGCUGUUGUAGACCCGGCAGACCCUCAAACUGUUCAGGCAGUGCUCGAGGAGGAGGGAGUGAUGCUGGAAGCCAUCCUCUGUACACACAAGCAUUGGGAUCACAGUGGAGGGAACAAAUUGCUGAAAAGGCUUCAUAGAUCAUGUCGAGUUUAUGGAAAUGUGGCUGAUAACAUUCCUGGCCUGACACAUCCUCUGUCACACAAGGACUCGGUAACACUAGGGUGUUUGCACUUCAAGGCCCUCUUUACGCCAGGACACACAGUGGGCCACAUGAUUUACCUGCUGGAUGGCCGGCCACUAGGCGCUCCAUCAAGUCUUUUCUCUGGUGACCUGGUGUUCCUCUCAGGAUGUGGGAGGAUAUUUGAGGGCAGUGCCACGACAAUGCUGUCAUCGCUCGACACUGUUGGCUCCCUAAAUGAUGAUACUCUUCUUUGGCCUGGUCACGAGUAUGCCAUGGACAAUCUGCUGUUCGCUGCUGAGGUGGAGCCACGCAAUGCAGCCAUGGAAAAUAAAUAUCAGUGGGUGUUGCAGCAGCGAGGCCAGAAGCGGUGCACGUGUCCUUCCACUAUUGGAGAUGAGAAGGCAUACAAUCCUUUCCUACGCAGCCACUGUACAGAGCUCCAUCUGGCGCUGGGACUCCAGCAGUUGGACGACGAGGACUGGACUCAGUUUCGGGCUCGCGUGCUGGAGGAGCUGCGCAAACGCAAAGACCAGUUCAGCCGAAGAUGAUAAAUAAGAGCUGAUGUCAGACAAGCAGUGGAGCAGUGGAUUAAAGCCAUCUUAUCCUGUGGUUGCUGCAGGGGUGGCAAUUUUCCGCGGAAAUCCGCUCUUUUAUUUCUUAAAUUGAUCAUUUUUGUGAAUCGUCUAAAUCCGUUGAGAAAAUUUUAGGGGGGCGGUCAAGUACCUUAUCGUCGAUUUUUCACGAGCUCUCCCGAUCAGUCUUUCCAUCUUCCGAUUGUAAACAGCCCUACGAUUGGACGUGUAUGAUGUCUUACUUGUUGUGAUUGGUCGCCCGUCCAACCCACGCCCCUUUCUGCUUUUUUCCAUCACGAGCCAUUGCCAUCCCUGUUGGUGAGGUUUGCGUUAAAACGCAGUCAAGCCGAACAUUACUGUACUUUCCCACAACUUGCAUCGCCAUCUCGUCACAAUGUCAUUAUUUAAUAUCACUAGGAAUUGUGACAUUGCCAUCGGCAUAUUGUGAUCAUACUGUUUGAUGACAUUUAGUUGUGUCAAUUUGCACACGGAGUAUAAAUACAUCGCAGGUACAACCGGAUUACCCUCUGGAAAAGGGUUGACAUGGAAAAUUUCAAUUGCACUGUAUUGUUUCCUGCACAACCUUUGUUAGUUAUACAACAAAUAAUAAAUACUGUAUCUUUGUAUUAUCCCUAAGCUUUUGUUAGACCUUAUUAGGUACAUUUCAGUUUAGUGCGGCUUUAGUGUUAGUGACCGCAUAUUAUUUUCAAAAUAUUUUCCACAGGAAUGUUCAAAUGCAAAAGUGUUUUGGUCAAGUGCAUGUUUUUCCCCUUUUUUUGUCUUUACGCAUGUCUUCUAUGUGCUGAGUUUGUUUUCAAGAGAAAUGUAGAUGAGUGCAUUCAUUUAAUGAGAAAAUAUUCAAAAGCUUCCUUUUAUUGCCAAUAUUUCUCUCAUGAAGCAAAAAAAAAAAGAUAAACGAUCAGUGGGCCUGAGCGCUUCACACUCAUUGUUCUGUGUAGUGAGAGCUAUCUGAAAUGUAGUAACCGUAGUUCACUUUACUAGACGUUCGUGACUUGAGUUUAUAUGGUACGGUACAUAUUGUUUUGAAAUGGGAUGGGACGAAUGUUGCACUGUGAGAGGAUAAUGAGAUGCCAUCUUAAAUGUGAUGUGACUGACGUUUGCAUUCGACUUGCAGUGUAAAAAAGAAUGUUUUCAUAAAACAACAUUACGUUAUUUUCUGGAAGAACCUUUGUACAUAUUGAGACACAUUGUGUAUUUGAUGGUUCAUUUUACUGUGACACAAAUGGCUAUGUGUAAUACGACCGUUGCAAUUCUCUUGCACAUUAAGCAUUUCAUUUCAGAUAAUGUAAUGCAGCCGGUAUCUGUGGGGAUGAGAAAGAACAAACCUGGGAGAUAUGAAAAGAUUCGAGUUUCUGCCGUAGAAGUUAAAAACCAAAGCAGAAUGUCCCCUGGUGACUGUUGACUAAAAUGUUAUUCUGGUUGUUUGAUGCUGUUGCACAUCUGAUUUGCAUAUGUUUGAGUUCAGAACACAACCGCACGGGAAACAGUUUGACUUUAGGUUAUGUUUUAAUGAGGAAAUAUUCAAGUAAACCUUUCCACUGGAA